UGGAGCGAGGAGAGAAGGGAAAAGGCAACUUAGAUCAGGAAGGGGUCAGCUGGCUGGUCCCCGGGUCCGAGAGAGCCUCUUUGCUGACCUUCCCGUCCUUGGGCAUGGAAGCAUCUGGAAACUCGAGAGGGGCAGCUCACUUCCGAGCACGCAGUAACGGCACAGCCAGCAAGAUGAACGGCGCCUUGGAUCAUUCGGACCAGCCCGACCCAGAUGCCAUUAAGAUGUUCGUGGGACAGAUCCCCCGGUCCUGGUCGGAAAAGGAGCUGAAAGAACUUUUUGAGCCUUACGGAGCCGUCUACCAGAUCAACGUCCUCCGGGACCGAAGCCAGAACCCUCCCCAGAGUAAAGGUUGUUGUUUCGUAACAUUUUAUACAAGAAAAGCUGCACUUGAAGCCCAGAAUGCACUGCACAAUAUUAAAACGUUACCUGGGAUGCAUCAUCCCAUUCAGAUGAAGCCCGCGGACAGCGAGAAGUCGAAUGCCGUGGAAGACAGGAAGUUGUUCAUAGGAAUGGUCUCCAAGAAGUGCAACGAGAAUGAUAUCAGGGUCAUGUUCUCUCCGUUCGGCCAGAUCGAGGAGUGCCGCAUCCUGCGGGGGCCCGACGGGCUGAGCCGAGGCUGUGCGUUUGUCACAUUUUCUACAAGGGCAAUGGCACAGAAUGCAAUCAAAGCCAUGCACCAGUCUCAGACUAUGGAGGGCUGCUCCUCACCCAUCGUGGUCAAGUUCGCUGACACCCAGAAGGACAAGGAGCAGCGGCGCCUGCAGCAGCAGCUGGCCCAGCAGAUGCAGCAGCUCAACACUGCCACGUGGGGGAACCUGACGGGCCUGGGUGGCCUCACCCCACAGUACCUGGCGCUCCUCCAGCAGGCCACCUCGUCCAGCAACCUGGGCGCCUUCAGCGGCAUUCAGCAGAUGGCCGGUAUGAACGCGCUGCAGCUCCAGAACCUGGCCACACUGGCGGCAGCCGCAGCCGCGGCCCAGAGCUCAGCUACCACUACCAACGCCAACCCCCUGUCCACCACGAGCAGCGCCCUGGGGGCCCUCACCAGUCCGGUGGCAGCAUCGACCCCCAACUCCACAGCUGGUGCGGCCAUGAACUCUCUGACCUCCCUCGGGACCCUGCAGGGUCUGGCGGGCGCCACGGUCGGGCUGAACAAUAUUAACGCGCUAGCAGGUACCAUCCACAUUGCUCAAAUGCUCUCAGGUAUGGCGGCUCUGAACGGAGGACUCGGCGCCACAGGCUUGGCGAAUGGCACGGCGGGCACGAUGGACGCCCUCACCCAGGCCUACUCAGGGAUCCAGCAGUACGCGGCAGCCGCACUGCCCACUCUGUACAGCCAGAGCCUGCUGCAGCAGCAGAGUGCGGCGGGCAGCCAGAAGGAAGGUCCAGAGGGUGCAAACCUCUUUAUUUACCACCUCCCACAGGAGUUUGGAGACCAGGACAUUCUGCAGAUGUUCAUGCCUUUCGGAAAUGUCAUCUCUGCUAAAGUCUUCAUUGACAAACAGACCAAUCUGAGCAAGUGCUUUGGCUUCGUCAGCUACGACAAUCCAGUGUCUGCGCAAGCGGCCAUCCAGGCAAUGAACGGCUUCCAGAUCGGCAUGAAACGCUUGAAGGUCCAGCUGAAGCGCUCCAAAAAUGACAGCAAACCUUACUGACCUAACCCCCGAGGCUCCCUGCUCUUACUUUAGCUUUCUUAGGACAUCUUCAUGCCCGUUAGUUCACCGUUUGCCUAGCAUGUCCCUGUGGCGUCUCAAACAGUUUCAUCGUCCCGUCAUUGUUUCUGAUGUCUUUCUGACCUCACAUCAUACUCGGUUCUCCUACUGACCUUUGAUCUAGUUUGACCUUUGAGAUUUGCAUGUGACCUCAUCUAGCUCUGAAUUCUGGGAAGUCAAUGUGAAAAAAACAAACAUUGCUGCAUUCAUGCAAGACUGAAAGUUAUUAUUAGACAAAUUAACUAUAGGAAAAAAAACCUGUGGCAAAAAUGUUUCUUUCUUCUUUUUUUUUUUUCUUUUCAUAAAACAGACUUGAAAGUAUUAUACAGGGAUUGGCAUUCUUCCCGACUGGUGACAACAGCAAUAUGCACCCAGGGGCACAGAAUGUUGGUUUCUAACAGACUACUUCCAAAACAGUUUGAGAAAAAAAACUGUCUGAUUUUAAGUCUCUAGAGGUCUGUAAUAGUUUUUACAUUUUUCAGGCAGUGUAAAGUUUUUUGAUAAGGCCAUUUUAGGUGGCUCACUUUCUCAUUAAGAUAUAUAUAUAGAACCACUUUUUGUAGAUUAGUAUAAGAAAAAUAUUUACCCUGUUUUGGGGCAAAUGCUACCUAUUUGUGUCACCUUUUGCUGAACUGACUCACAGUUAGACAAUCCAUGGUUUGACGCACAUGAAAUUCCCUAUAUUUUAUACUGUUUCAAUGUACAGGAGAAGGGUUACUGUAAACUGUUCCGUUGGUGCUUCUGUGAAUUCAGUUGUGGUUUCAUCAUGAGUCUUAUGGUCUUAAUGUUCUUUGUUGAUAAGACAAGUUUAGAAUUGGUUUUCUUAAUACAAAAAAAAAAGAAUUUAAAAAAAAGUUGUUUGCUUAAAAAUAAAUUUCAUGUGAGGGGGAAAAAAAAAACACCUAUUCCAGAAUAAGUUUUGUGUUGGCUUGUAAAGCAUUGAUGUCAUUUUUUUUUAAAUUGUGAACUAUUUAGAUGUGUUUGUGUUCAGCAAAAUGUGAUUUUUUUUUCUUUUAAAGAAAAAAGUGAAAAUCUAUAGUGCCAAACUCCAAAGGUACUUCCUUCCUAGCGCUCCAGUGUGUUUCUUGUGAGAAGUAAUUUGAUAACAUGGGUAUUUUAUUAUGUGUUUUGUAUAAAUCCCUAAUAUUUAAAAAACAAAAAACAAACAAAAAAAAGGUUAUAAAGUUUGUUAACUUGC